AUGGCGUUGAGAGAGUGCAAGGCCACAAGAGCAGAUCAACUGACAGGCUCCAAAGGCCUCUCUCAUUCGCUCGGCCAUCCAAGUGCGGCUAAUGAUCAACCCCCGCCGCCCCUUGGAAAGACUGGGACUGGAAAGGAAACGAGCAGAAACCAGGCCUCUCCAAUCUCCAUCCGCCGAGAUUCAGAGGGAAAAGGACCGAACAAACACUAUGGUUGGUUGGUGGUGUCUUGGACGGACUUUGAUCUGAUCAUCAGUCCCAGAGCCCGGGCAAUGAUAUUGCUUCGUCGGGCGAAAUCCGCCUGGGAUUAUGGAUUGAUUGGCAUUGUUGCGGAGCUCGUGAAAAUUGGCGAAGAUUUGGCAAGAAAGGGAAAAAAGCAACUGGAAACUGCACGCCACUCAAUGCCGAUAAUGAAAGAGUGA